AUGUCCAUAUGGAGAGCAUCGCCAUUAGGCUUCAAUUUUGAUAUAGGCGAAAGAAUUCCAUUCACAGCUUGGCUUGAGGAGUGGGUUCUCAAGGCUCCUUCGGAUGACCUUAGAAUUCUCUCAUUCUGGCUUAUAUGGGAAAUAUGGAAAGACAGAAACUCUGUGUUAAACGGAGAAUCAUCACCUCCGUCCCCAAUUCAGGUGGUCAACUUAGCAGUGUCGGCGGCUACGAUCAAAACUGAUAAUUCGCUCUCUGUUCCCUUUGAUCCGGGUGGGAAAGGAAAUUCUCUACAAUAUAAUUCACUUCUUCCUCUGUAUCCCACAUUGACCUUUGAUGGUGCCUACAAUGACAUCCGCCACCAACCAACUGCAGGAUGGUAUUUAACCUCUCCACAUGGCAAAGUUCUCAACAUCGGGAAUGCUGAGUUUGCGGCUGCAUCGCCACUCCAGGCAAAAUCUUUGGCGUGCCUUUUUGCUUUAAAAUCAGUUGAUUUUGGAGUUCAUCCAAGAAUACAAAUGCAAACCGACUGUCAGCAAUUGGCCAACAUUAUCAAUCAGGAAAGCUCGGUGCCAACUGAGAUUCGAUUUAUUAUAUCUGAUAUAUAUGAUCUAAUGCAGUGCUUUAUGCAAGUUAGAAUUUUGAGUGUUCUUAGAUCUCAGGUUAGUGUAGCACAUGUUUUGGCUAGGCAGCGGUUUCAACAGCUGUUUGUAAAAUCUGUCGAUCACGAGAUUUAA